AUGAGGAAACACGUGCUGGUGUUCUUUGAUGAAAUUCUGGUCUACAGCCCCAUACUGGAGACACAUGUGAAGCAUGUAACUGAGGUAAUGAGUAUUCUGAGGCAGCAUCAGUUGUUUGCCAAAAUGAGUAAAUGUUCUUUUGCGCAGCUACAGGUGGAAUAUUUGGGUCACAUAAUAUCAGCAGAGGGAGUGAAGGCUGAUCUUGAGAAGAUAGAAGACAUGAAAAACUGGCCGAGACCAACCAACAUCAAACAGCUAAGGGGAUUUCUGAGCCUAACAGGGUACUACAGGAGAUUUGUCAAAGGGUGCGGGGCUAUGGCCAGGCCCUUGACAAACCUGCUCAAGAAGGACAACUUCCACUGGAGUGAGGACACAGAGCAGGCCUUCUAA